CCUCCACAUGGAGUCUCAGCCAGGAUCCUCCACCCACUGCCAUUACGUUCCUCAUCUUACAUCGGCCUGGAUCACUUUCCUGAGCCGAUUACCAGCCGGCAGAGUUCAGACCCGCCGGCCGCUCGCACGGAGCCACAAUGGCAAAGUUCCUGACACAGGAUCAGAUUAAUGAGUUUAAGGAGUGUUUCUCUCUGUACGACCGCCAGCGUAAAGGGAAGAUUGAAGCCCGGGAGCUGAUCACAGUGAUGCGAUGCCUCGGGUCAAACCCCACCCCCUCCGAGGUCCAACGACACCUGCUGAGCCACAACAUAGUGUCCUCAUUUCUCCUGCAGAGAUCAACUUUCAUCGUAUCUAUUCAUCUGGGGACAUUACAGAUGACUGGACCGCUAAAACUCUAUCUUCCUGCAGGCUGGGGCGGAGAGCUGGACUUCUCCACCUUCCUGAGCGUCAUGCACCGGCAGCUCCAGCAGGAGGUGCCGGAGGAGGAGAUCCUGGAGGCCAUGAGGAUGGCUGACAAGGAGCAGAAAGGCUUUAUCUUUGCCUCGGAGCUGCGAGCCAAACUCACGGGGCUGGGAGAGAAACUGACAGAGCGGGAGGUGGACGAGCUGCUGAAGGAGGCGGGUGUUGGAGCUGACGGGCGGGUCCACUGCGAGCAGUUUGCCAAAGCGGUGACACGCUCCUACGCGAAGCACUGACGUCACGACCACGUCAGCGCUGCCGUGGAGCCGCUGAGCUGCGAGACUUUAGUUUCAGAAGCCUUUUGUCGCGCAAAUGUGAAACAUAUUAUUUGAAUAAACAAAAGUACACAUCUAA